CCCUUCCCCCACCCCUCCUUUUGGUAAUUGUGUUUUGGGGGGUGGUGAAUAAAAUUUGUCCCAACAGCACUUGUUGAAGACAAUGGUUGACGGCCGGAGGAGGCGGAGCCUCCAAUUCUGGUGGCUGAUGUUUUGGGCUAAUAUCACUCUCUUGCAUAGUUGUUUGGAGCAAAGAGAAGGAGUAGCAAGGGGGGUGGCUUUGGCCUCCGCACCGGCAGUAAAGUUGUUGGUAGAGGAUGACCAAGUUAUAAUGCAAAAUGGGAUUGUGAAACUCACCUUAUCGACUCCAAAGGGUCGGGUGCUUGGGAUUUCUUACAAUGGUGUCGAAAAUUUAUUAGAAACGCGACAUCAUGAAAAAUAUCGGGGGUACUGGGAUCUGGUUUGGGGAAGGCACGAAACGACGGACUUAUUAGAGGCAACAAGGUACAAUGUGGUAAUGGAAACUGAGGACCAAGUGGAAAUUUCUUUCACAAGGAAAUGGAAUGUUUCUUUGGGUCACAGAAUGGCUCCAUUAAACGUUGACAAAAGGUUCGUUACGCUACGUGGUUCUCCAGGAUUCUACACGUAUGCCGUGCUUGAACGUCCAAACAGAGCUCCUGCUUUUGACCUCAAAGAACUCCGAGUUGUGCUUAAGCUUGAAUCCGACAAGUUUCAUUACAUGGCCAUAUCCGACAGAAAGCAAAGAUUGAUGCCAAUGCCGGAAGACCGUCGGACAGGCCGGAAGCUUGACUACUCCGAGGCCGUUCUAUUAACAAAACCCAUCAAUCCGCAAUUUAAAGGAGAGGUGGAUGACAAAUACUUUUACUCGGUGGACAACAUAGCAAAUCGGGUAUACGGGUGGGUAAGAAGUGAUCCGUCGAUUGGGUUUUGGAUGAUUACACCUAGCGACGAGUUUCGGACGGGCGGACCUUUCAAACAGGAUCUUACAACCCAUGUUGGCCCGAACUUACUCAAUAUGUUUGUUAGUGGUCAUUAUGCAGGGGAUGAUCUAGCUUUGAAAUUCAAAAAUGGGGAAGCUUGGAAAAAGGUUUUUGGGCCAGUGUUUGUAUAUCUCAACUCCCACAAUAACUCCAAGAAUACACCUUAUUCUUUGCUUUGGAACGAUGCAAAACAACAAAUGCUAAAUGAAGUCUUGAAAUGGCCGUACACAUUUCCACAUUCGCCCGACUUCGUCAAACCAUACAAAAGGGCAAGGGUUUCUGGACAAAUUCUUGUUCAUGACUGGUAUUCAUUUUAG